UACAAACAUUAGCUGGCUACUGCCACUAGAAUCCGCUGAGACGAGACCGGCUCGCAGCAGGACAUGCACAUGUCUUCCAUCCUGUUACUGCUAGCGGCUGCCAGUCAUUAGAUGCAGCGAAGCAAAUGAUGGUAGCGGACGCAACAAGCGCCCAUGUCGAAGACCUGCAGCAGCGGGCACUGACGAGCGGCGAGGCUGUUGGCACUGCGCUGCCAGUGGACGGGGCGCCUAACUGGUGGCGCGCUGACCUCAUCCGCCGAGUGGCCGCCUGCCUGCCGCCCAAUGAGGUGGCUGUGCAUCUGCGACUGGUGGACCACAUUGCGGCCUCGGCGCUGUCGGGUCCGGAGCACACCACCAUCCACCUGUCACAGCCGGUGCCGGCGCCAGAUUUCUACCGACGCUGGGCCCCGCCCGGGGCCUGCCGCAGCCUCACGCUGCAGCAGCGCCGCCGCCUGGCCUGCCUCACCGCCGCCAGCGGCAGCAUUGACAACCUGCGCACGCUUGCCGACUCGCCCGCGCUAGCCGCGGCCUGCCCGCUGGAGCCGGCGGCGCUGGCAGCCGCCGCAGCAGCAGGCCACCUCUCCGACGGCGCCGCCGCGCCCUGGCUGCUGUCCCACCUGCGCACCGCGGCCCCCAGCGCGGAGCAGCCUUGGAACUCGCAGACGCUGCCCGAGGUCGCCGCCGCCGGCCGCCUCGACGCGGUUGCCUGGCUGCGCGACGCGGGCUGCCCCUGGGGCUCGGGCGCCUUCGCGAGCGCCGCCGGCAGCGGCAGCUCACAGCUGGUCGCCUGGCUGCGGCGGCACGCCUGCCCGCUGGGGGCCACAGCGCCGCUGGCGGCGUCAGCCGCCGGCCAUGACACUCUGGCUGAGGAGCUGUGGUUCAUGCGGGCUCCGAGCUCGAUGGCGCACAUGGAGGUGCAGAUGCUUUGGAACACGGCGGCGGCGGGCGGGCUGGCGGCGGUGCAGCGCUGGUGGGCGCGGCUGGUGGAGGGAGGCGGCAAGUGCGGCAGCGCCACGGGCCGGGCGGCGCUGCUGGCGCAGGCAGCGGGCGCGCGGUCGGGAGACUGGAAGGCCAAGGUUCAGUGGCUCCUUGACCAGGGCUGCGGCCGGGAGGAGCAAGCCAUUACCAACGCCGCCCUGUGCGCGGACGGCGCGGCACGUGUGGCCUGGCUGCGACAGCGCGGCUUCCGUGUGGGCCUGGGGGCCGUGCAGUCGGCGGCGUCGCGCGGGGACCUGCCGCUGAUGCUCGAGCUGUUGCGGGACCUGGAAAAACGGCAGCAGCAGCAGGAGGAACAUAGGGGGCAGGGCACUGGCGCAGCGGGGAGCGACGGGACGGCGGCAUCGGCGGGCAAAGGGGGUGCUGAGGCGGCGGAGGCAAUGGCGGAGGUGGCUGACGCGGCGCUGAGGCAUGGUGCCGUGGUGGCUGCUGCUGAGGGCGGCAGCUUGGGCUGCCUGCAGGCGCUGGUGCGGCGCGGCUGGAUGCGCCGGGGCAGCCUACGCAACGUGUUGGAUGCGGCGGCGCGCAGCGGCCACGUGGAUCUGGUGGCGUGGCUGUGCGACCACUGCACCGACCCGCAGCUCCACACCGCAGCAGGCAAUGGCGCCGGCGCGCGAGGUAGCGCUGGCCGUGCAAGCAACGGCAACGGUACCAGCAAUGGCACAGGUCACAGCAACGGCAACGACAACGGCAGAGCCACGAGUAGUGAUUGCCAAAGUGACACGGACGGCUGUGUGGCGCCUGUGGCCGUACCAGCAGUGCCUGCAGCAGGCCCGGGCGUGGGGUCGUCGGCGGGUGUGGAGGCGCUGGUGGGCAGCCGGCUGCUUGAGGCCGCCGCCGCCUCCGGGUCCACGGCCCUGCUGCGGCACCUGCUGUGCGUGCGGCGCUGCCCGGGCAGCGUGGCGGCGUUCCGUGCGGCCGCGGCAGUGGGAUGUGAGGAGCAGCUGGAGCUGAUGGCGGAGGCGGGCUGCCCCAUGGGGGAGGACGGGGAGGCGUAUGAGCCGGCGCUGUGGAACAACGACCUGGCCACCCUGCGCUGCCUGCGCCGGCUGGGCUGCCGCUGGCGACGGCCGCAGCCCCAGCUUCAGGCGGGCGGCAGUGGUGGCGCCGGUGACGCCGGCACCGCCCCGAGCGCGCUCCGCAGCCUAAACUACAUCGAGCUGGCUCUGUCGGUGGGCAGCCUGCCGGUGCUGCAGUGGCUGCAUGCGCAGGGCCUGAGCGGCUUUGGGCCUGUGGUGGACUGGGGGAGGCUGGCGGAGGAGGCGCGGCAACGCGUGACGGCAGUGGAGGGGGCCGGAGGCGGGGCGGGGGCCGAGGGCGUGAGCGAGGGGCUGCGGCGGCGGCUUGCGUGGCUGGUUGCGGUGGCAAAGGACCAGGGGGCUGCACGUGGAGGGGCUGAGGACUAAGUAGGUGUAGCCGACAUGGUGGCUUGGCGGGGGCGCGGGGACGGCGGGGCCAAUUACGGGGGCCAAUGACGUUAUGACGGGGCCAAUUACGGGGUCCAAUGACGGGGCCAACUACUGCAGGCAGGUGGGCCCUGUCAAGGUGCUGCAUCUGUAAACUUACGAAGGU